GAGGAGGAAGCGCUAUCCUCCUGAAAAGCGAUGACCAAAAAGAAGGAGGAUGAUCCUUUCUCGAUUCGAGCUCCAUCUCGAUGUGCUCAAGUUCCAAAAGCUAGCGAAGAAUUCCAUGACACACUAGAAGAACUGGCUCAUGUUCGUCAGUUCUCACCAUCAUGUUCAAGGAGCCAGAAGAAAGACGAGAGACGAGGUCCUCUGUCUAGCUUCAUUAAAUCAGGCCACCAAACAGGGGGAACGCACUCCAAGGUCCAUCGAGUCUUCAGAAGCUAUUCGUCUGGAACAGAUCUUGUCCCACUAAUCAAAGUUUACACUUACCCCUGUGAUUCCACGGUAACUAGAUGGAGAAGGCAUCUAGUUGGCUGGCUACUGAUCUGUGAAUGGGUCUGUGGAUGUUCCUUAGAGCGAUCAACGUGUUGAGGCCCGUUGUUGCUGUUUAGAGGACGGUGCUCUUGAUCGUUAGAGAGGACAAAUCAGUCAACAGCAUCCAAUCCUCACCAAUCAAAGGCCGAGGAUAAAAACAAGCCUUGAGGCCAAUUCUCUUUCACGCGCUCAUUCGCUUUGUGGUGUCGCUCUGAAAAAUGAAAAAAUCAGUGAGAUUGAACUUUGGCCAGAUGGAAAGGUGCCUUGCUUUCUCCUCCCAGAUCUGGAUUUGAUGUGCCGACUUCUCAUUAGAAGGACAUAGUGCCACCUACCAGGCAUAUCUUCAAUAUGACUUCCAAUAUGCUUGGGAACGUUACUUGCCCCAGCUUCUGCAACAUCACAAAUCCGGUGUGGUGCCAAAAUUUUAUCAAUGGCCUGAAUGAGCUCAAUUGUCCCACGAGGGAUUGUGAGACAAAUCUUUGCGAAGAAGCCGCUCGAUGCGAGGAUCUGGUCGAUGUGAGCGCCCCUACCCUUGAGGCCUCGGAUCUAGACUUUUGCCCAAUCGUCUUUGAUGGAUGGUCUUGUGUGAAUUCGACUCCUGCCGGAAGUACGAUCAAGUUUCCCUGUCCCAAUUUCCUUCACUUCAACUAUGACAAAGAUAACUGGGCUUAUCGUGAAUGCUCAUCAGAAGGUCAUUGGUUCGAUAUUGAGCUGAAUAAGUCCUUCACGCAUUACGAGCAAUGCCCUGAUGCCCACGGCUUCAAGAUGUUCGACAUGAUCAACAAGGUGUACAUGGCGGGUUACGGGAUCUCGUUGGUAUUUCUAUGCCUGGCCACGCUGAUAUUCAUGCAAUUUAGAUCUCUCAAAUGCGUGCGAAACACGAUCCAUACAAACCUGUUCAUCGCUUCAAUCCUCCAUAACUCUUUAAGGUUGAUCUGGUAUUACGUUCAAUACCAGAUAGGUAGCAUCUCCCAGUGGUCGGAAGCUUCGAUCGUCGCUUGCAAGGUUCUCCAUACACUGGUCGAAUACUUCACUGUCUGCACAUAUUUCUGGAUGCUAUGUGAAGGUCUCUACUUGUUCGUCGUCUUGAUCGUCACUUUCAUAUCCGAGUCCAGGGUCCUCAUUGGUUUGUGCACUUUGGGAUGGAUUUUUCCCGGGGUUCUCGUUCUCCUGUAUGCACUUUUAAGGGCCUUCUCGUCAGAGCCCGGACACCACAUGUUUUGUUGGAUGGACGAGACACCGUAUAACUGGGUGUUGAAAGUACCGUGCAUCCUCACCAUCUUUAUAAAUUUGAUGUUUUUGGCCCGCAUUGUCCAUGUGUUGGUUUCCAAACUUCACACAGAUGUGUCGGAUCGAGCAGCUUUCAUCAAAACUGCACGAGCCAUCGGAGUGCUCGUGCCACUUUUUGGGCUUCAAUAUUUUCUAAUGAUGGUGAAACCCGAUGAGAGGGAUUCAACUCUGCGCAUAAUUAUGGAAUUCUUCGGCGCCAUCACAACCUCCUUCCACGGACUUGUGAUUGCAAUCCUGUUUUGCUUCAUUAAUAAUGAGGUCUCGAUCCAACUCAAAAAAUUCUUUGGCGACCAUAUCAAUACCAGACACAGAUCCAUGGCGAUGACUCAAUAUACGUAUGUGCGAGGAAAUGCUUCUCAAACGUUGGCAACAAGCGGUUCUCCACCCAACGGAACGGAAGACCAAUCGAUGGCAUUUGUGUAAAAUUCAUGAUAUGUGAACAAGUAGAGAGGCCGCCGUAGAUUGUUACCUGUAUGUCGAGAUGACAAAAAACGAAAAUUUACUCGGCGAUUUUUGCCUUACUCUGGUA